AGUGAAACAAACAAGAAGAACUUUUACAAUUAGAAACGCCAUCACACUGUGCCAUGAGCGCUUAACUGACUGACAACAAGAAGAAGCAAAAGAGAGACAUCAAAGAAGAAGACGGUCUUCCUGUGCCAUGUUGGCCGAAGGUUUUCUCAGAUUGCUGCUUUACAGGGAGGAGAGAACGUACGCCUCUGCUUCCAAACAUCACAAAACGCAGAAACACACUCACUGUACGGACCAGUUCAACGGUACACUCUCCGGCUCAGACUCUACAGACCUACCGACAGACUCAGCUGAAGCAGGUCAAGACCAGGAAGAGUUAGACUCCACCCAGACUCAUGGACUGAGAGUGGUACCUCAAGAUCCUGCAGGCCUCUCAAUCCCUGGGAGUUCACCUGCCUUCACCCCGGACCCUGACUUUGUAGUUUGCAUAGAGGACUGUAGCCUCCUGGAACAGUACCCAGACCUACAGGUGGCUGACUCAGGCCGCAUCUCACAUAACCCACUGAGAGCCACAGUCGCCCAGCAAGGUUGGUACACACCUGAAGUUCAGUGGCAUCCAGAAUGGUCAGCCCAGCAGGAGCCACAAGGGGACCAGGUUUCAUCCAUACCAGACCAGGGAUAUCUGGUUAUGGGGGCCAGUGGAUCUGCCAGCCUGGAUCUGCCAGGAUCAGGGUUGGAGCCCAUGUCAAACUCGGUACUGAAUGGGCUGCUGGAGAAACAGCUGGAAGAAGUGUACAUGCAGCACCUGACUGAAAACUUGGCUCGAUGCAACUCCUGCCUGGGGAACAGCCUCCUGCACGGCCUGGUGCCGCCGCCGCAGCCCAGCAGCCAGCUGCUGGGGCCACCCUCACUGGAGGCCAGUCUGGUGGAGAGAUCAGGAGGGGAAACCGACAAGAAGAUUAGUUAUCUGAGCACCCAGAACUUAGCUCCCUGCUCAUCCAACUUCAGCUCCCCUAUACUGAGGAUUUCAGAGGCCGACAAUGCUCACCUGUAACGAAACAUGAAUAAAGACAUCCUGCAACAAUAUUACAUGUAAUCAUCAGUUAAGCUUUACUGUUAAAUGGAGACAAGUGCUAAUCGAGUGCAUGCUUUUAUUUUUAUUUUUCUAUAUCUAUAAAUUGUCUUUGUUUACUUGCUUGAUGAAAUACCUCAAAUGUGCCUGCUCUCAUGUGCCAUCUGCUGUUAGAUUGUUGUACUGCACCACACUGACUUUACCUGCUAGUCAAGUGAAUUUAUUGUACUGUAUGUGUGUAUGUGUGUGUUAGGUGGGUAAUAUUAUAAAGCAAAAUGUAAUCCAGUGUAAGAUCCUGCAGCACACUGGAUGAGUGUAAAUCAACUAAAAUAAAAGAAUCAUUAAAUCAUUAUUGAUUGUAAUACACAUAAUGACAGGUCUUCUGAGCUGUGGCUCAUUGACAUAAAUCAGGAGAUGCAGAGCUGUAUAUUGUUUGAGGGUGAUGGAAAUUGUACAACCCUACUGUUACAUUUUUAAUUUCAACUGCAGCCGACCUGAUGAUUUAAAUUGAUCUUCAUAUUCUGAUUUUUAAAUGAGGGAUACAGUUGUCACAGUGAGGUCCAGCAUGAACUGACAGGGGAACAGCCGAGAGAUUUAUGAUGCUUCUGCCUGAUUAAGGUUGAUUUGUAACCUGUGAAGCACAGAUUGUCACAUCUGGACCUCGCAGAGCUCCCACAGUGAGGGUGAUGACGAUCCAUUAACAUGCACUGACACACUUUGCUUUUUGGAAACCUAAGCCAGUUAACUCAUCUGUGUAAAAAAAAAUACAGAAAAUACAGAUUCAUAGAGAUUUUUUUUUCUGUAAUUAACAGAUUUGAGGUGUCAGUUUGUUUCAUCUGUGCUUUUUCUACUCGGACAAGUCGAAAUGUCCACAGUGAUAAAGGUCCACUGAGGACAGAGAGCCAAGCUAACUAUCAAUUUUAGAGGCUCAACAACGUCAAAUUCAAAUGCUGUCAAACAUUAGAGUGGAUAUGAACCUGUUAUCAACAUGUUAUGAUAUAUCACUCUUUAUACACGUAGCUGAAUUGUAUUAGGUUUUGACUGUAAAUACAUGGGCACAAUUUCAUAGUUACAGAAUAAACAUAUGAAAACAGAUUACUAAGCCAUAACCUCAUGAGAUAUGAGAUAUAUACAAUAUGUGUAAGAUUUACUCAGGUAAAUUUUGCAUUUACCUGAGUAACCUGAUAAAUUUAGAACAAGUUUUUAAAAAUUUUGACUUUUCACCAUAGGAAAGGCACUAUAUUUCUAAUAAUACUAACAAUGGCUCUGUUUCAUUAAGUGUUCCAGUAAGACCUUCAAGCAGCUGUCAUUCUUCUAGCAUAGAAAUGCUAGAAGAGAGUAAACCUACUUUUCAAAGUUUGGCACCCUAAAAAAAAUGUUCUUAUUAAUGUCUUAAUACCCAUAAAUAAGUCACUGAUAAAUAAUUUAUUUAAGAGAGUCUUUACUCACAACAACAACAAAAAAAAAACCUCAGAAGCAUGACAAAGUGUUAAUAUAGUUUUCUCUUUUCUGAACUGUAGUUUUAUUGGUCUGUAUUCUGUCACUGCUUCUCCUUCUCUUAUUUUAUUUCUAACUUAAAUAAUUCAAUUUCAGUUUCAAAUGAAAAACCAUCUCCUGAGCUUAUAUGAAAGCACUGCGGUGCUACAGCAAACUGGUUAAUUUUCAGUAUCUCUGGUUAUUGUUUCAUUAAUAAUUCAUCAUUGAAAAGACUUUAGAACAAGACAAGCUCAGCUUCAAUCUGUUCCCUUGGACCGAAGAAGAAUGUGCAACAACUUUCCAAAAG